AUUCUGCUACAAACCAGCCCAAAAAGGUUGGAGGUGUGUGAGAGGUGCUGGAAGCAAGGACUGGGAAGGAAGGCAAAGAAAGAGAGGCAAGGAGAGAGCCCAGGGCUGCUUUUUUGCUAUUUUUUUUUUUAUUUGCAUGGUUGUAUGAAGUUGAGCCUAGCAACACAAGGAUCGCCUUGGCUAUUAUUGCACCACGUUGGUUUCAGUUUGGAUUGCUUUUGGAGGAGCAGAGGAAAAAUACCCUUCUAUCAUUUAUUUUCAAAGGCAUCCUAAGAAAUGGUUUGAGGGGUUGCCCCAUCUGCAAGGAAAUUGGGAUCUGCCUUUUUGGAGCAACCAGUGGGCAUCAUCUGCUAUUUUUGUGUUUUGUUUUGUUUUGCAACCUCACCAUUUCCAAGGAGCCCCCUUUUCCUUCCUGCUGGCUGGUUUGCAUGCAGGGAUUUGGCCCUUGGUGGCCACCUUCCUCCUCCUCCUAAAUGGAAAUACAAAAUUCUGCUGGGACACCUGGAUCCUUGUCCCCUGGUUACACUUCCUCGGUGCCAUACAAUUACAAUCAAUUGGAAGGAAGGUUCAAGCAAUUGCAAGAUGAACGGGAGGCAGUCCAGAAGAAGACAUUCACAAAGUGGGUUAACUCUCACUUGGCCCGUGUGUCCUGUAGGAUCACAGACUUGUACACUGAUCUUCGCGAUGGACGGAUGCUUAUCAAACUGCUGGAAGUUCUUUCGGGAGAGAGACUUCCCAAGCCAACAAAGGGAAGAAUGCGCAUCCACUGCUUGGAAAAUGUUGACAAAGCCCUCCAGUUUCUGAAAGAGCAACGAGUGCAUCUUGAAAACAUGGGAUCUCAUGAUAUCGUGGAUGGGAAUCACAGACUAACUCUUGGCCUUAUUUGGACUAUUAUUUUGAGGUUCCAGAUUCAGGAUAUCAGUGUUGAAACCGAAGACAACAAGGAGAAGAAAUCUGCUAAAGAUGCGCUAUUGCUGUGGUGCCAGAUGAAGACAGCUGGCUAUCCCAACGUCAACAUUCACAACUUCACCACCAGCUGGAGGGACGGCAUGGCUUUCAACGCACUAAUCCACAAACACAGGCCUGAUCUAAUUGAUUUUGAUAAGCUGAAGAAAUCAAAUGCACACUACAAUCUACAGAAUGCUUUUAACCUAGCGGAGCAGCACCUUGGCCUUACUAAACUCUUGGACCCAGAGGAUAUCAGUGUUGACCAUCCUGAUGAAAAGUCCAUUAUCACUUACGUGGUGACAUAUUACCACUACUUUUCUAAGAUGAAAGCAUUAGCUGUUGAAGGAAAACGUAUCGGAAAGGUGCUUGACAAUGCCAUUGAAACAGAGAAGAUGAUUGAAAAGUACGAGUCGCUGGCUUCUGAUCUCCUCGAGUGGAUUGAGCAAACCAUCAUCAUCUUGAACAACCGCAAAUUUGCCAACUCGCUGAUUGGAGUACAGCAACAGCUACAAGCAUUCAACACCUACCGCACAGUGGAGAAGCCACCCAAAUUCACAGAAAAAGGAAACCUCGAAGUCCUGCUUUUCACUAUUCAGAGCAAAAUGAGGGCUAACAAUCAAAAAGUGUACAUGCCCAGGGAAGGGAAGCUCAUCUCAGAUAUCAAUAAGGCCUGGGAAAGACUGGAAAAAGCUGAACAUGAAAGAGAACUGGCCCUGCGAAAUGAGCUCAUCCGACAGGAGAAACUGGAACAACUUGCCCGCAGAUUUGACCGCAAGGCAGCUAUGAGGGAGACGUGGCUGAGCGAAAACCAGCGUCUGGUUUCUCAGGAUAACUUUGGGUUUGACCUCCCAGCAGUGGAGGCUGCCACGAAAAAGCAUGAAGCUAUCGAAACUGACAUUGCGGCAUAUGAAGAAAGAGUGCAGGCAGUGGUUGCCGUUGCCAGGGAGCUUGAGGCCGAGAAUUACCAUGAUAUCAAGCGCAUCACCGCAAGGAAAGAUAACGUGAUCCGCCUGUGGGAGUACCUCCUGGAACUGCUCAAGGCGCGCAGGCAACGGCUGGAGAUGAACCUUGGUUUGCAGAAGAUCUUCCAGGAAAUGCUGUACAUUAUGGAUUGGAUGGACGAGAUGAAGGUAUUGCUGCUGUCUCAAGAUUAUGGAAAACAUCUCUUGGGAGUAGAAGACUUGCUGCAGAAACAUGCCCUUGUUGAAGCUGACAUUUCCAUUCAGGCUGAAAGAGUGAGAGGAGUCAAUGCAUCCGCACAGAAAUUUGCCACAGAUGGAGAGGGUUACAAACCAUGUGACCCACAAGUUAUCAGAGACCGUGUGGCUCACAUGGAGUUUUGCUACAAAGAAUUAUGUCAGUUAUCGGCAGAACGCCGAGCCCGUUUGGAAGAAUCCCGGCGCUUAUGGAAGUUCUUCUGGGAAAUGGCUGAAGAGGAGGGAUGGAUAAGAGAAAAGGAGCAGAUCUUAUCAUCAGAUGACUAUGGAAAAGACUUAACCAGCAUCGUCCGGCUUCUCAGCAAGCAUAAGGCAUUUGAAGAUGAAAUGAGUGGUCGGAGCAGCCACUUCCAACAGGCCAUCAAGGAAGGGGAAGAUAUGAUCGCUGAGGAUCACUUUGGGUCUGAGAAGAUCAGAGAGAGGAUUACAGACAUCCAGAAUCAGUGGGCUAACCUGGAACAGCUCUCUGCCUUCAGGAAGAAGCGCCUGGAAGAAGCAUCCCUCCUUCACCAAUUCCAAGCUGAUGCCGAUGACAUUGACACAUGGAUGUUGGACAUCCUCAAGAUUGUCUCCAGCAGUGAUGUCGGCCAUGAUGAGUAUUCCACGCAGUCCUUGGUUAAGAAACACAAAGAUGUCGCUGAAGAGAUUGCAAGCUACAGAUCAAUCAUUGAUUCUCUUCACGAACAAGCCAGAGCCUUGCCACAGGAACAUGCCGAGUCGACAGAUGUGAAGAACAGGCUGGUGGGAAUAGAAGAGAGGUUCAAAGAGGUUGCUGAACUCACACGGCUUCGUAAGCAAGCCCUGCAGGACACUUUGGCUCUGUACAAAAUGUUCAGCGAGGCAGAUGCUUGCGAGCUUUGGAUUGAUGAGAAGGAGCAAUGGCUAAACAACACAGAGAUCCCUGAGAAACUAGAAGACCUGGAAGUGAUCCAGCACAGAUUUGAAAGUCUAGAACCAGAAAUGAACAAUCAAGCCUCACGUGUUGCUGUGGUUAACCAGAUUGCUAGACAACUGAUACACAAUGGACAUCCCAAUGAAAAGGAAAUCAAAGCGCAGCAAGAUAAGCUCAAUACAAGGUGGAGUCAAUUCAGAGAACUAGUGGACAUAAAGAAGGAUGCUCUCCUCUCUGCUCUCAGUAUCCAGAACUAUCACCUUGAAUGUAAUGAAACCAAAUCUUGGAUCAGGGAGAAGACUAAAGUUAUUGAAUCCACCCAAGAGCUUGGCAAUGAUCUGGCUGGAGUUAUUGCUCUUCAGAGGAAGCUGACUGGAAUGGAACGUGACUUGGUUGCUAUUGAGGCCAAGCUAAGCGACCUCCAGAAAGAGGCUGAGAAGUUAGAGUCGGAGCAUCCUGACCAAGCUCAAGCCAUACUGUCCCGACUUGCUGAAAUCAGUGAUGUUUGGGAAGAGAUGAAAACCACCCUGAAGAACCGUGAAGAGUCCCUCGGGGAGGCCAGCAAGCUGCAGCAGUUCUUGCGUGACCUGGAUGACUUCCAGUCCUGGCUGUCCCGUACCCAGACUGCCAUUGCCUCGGAAGACAUGCCGAACACACUGACGGAAGCAGAGAAACUGCUCACGCAACAUGAGAAUAUUAAGAACGAAAUCAACAAUUAUGAGGAAGACUAUCAGAAAAUGCGGGACAUGGGUGAGAUGGUCACACAAGGGCAAACAGAUGCUCAGUAUAUGUUCUUGCACCAGCGCCUGCAAGCCUUGGACACUGGAUGGAAUGAGCUGCACAAAAUGUGGGAGAACCGGCAGAAUCUUCUCUCCCAGUCUCAUGCCUACCAGCUCUUCCUCAGAGACACAAAGCAAGCAGAAGCCUUUCUUAACAACCAGGAAUAUGUUUUGGCACAUACUGAAAUGCCCACCACUUUGGAAGGAGCAGAAGCUGCUAUCAAGAAACAAGAGGAUUUCAUGACCACAAUGGAUGCCAACGAGGAGAAGAUCAAUGCUGUUGUAGAAACUGGAAGGAGACUAGUCAGUGAUGGCAACAUCAACUCCGACAGGAUCCAAGAGAAAGUGGAUUCCAUUGAUGACAGACAUAAGAAGAAUCGUGAGGUGGCUAGUGAACUUCUGAUGAGAUUGAAGGACAACAGAGAUCUUCAAAAGUUUCUUCAGGAUUGCCAAGAGCUGUCCUUGUGGAUUAAUGAGAAGAUGCUUACAGCACAGGACAUGUCUUAUGAUGAAGCAAGGAACCUGCACAGCAAGUGGCUGAAACACCAGGCCUUCAUGGCAGAGCUUGGUUCCAAUAAAGAAUGGCUGGACAAAAUUGAAAAGGAAGGAAUGCAGCUUAUUGCUGAGAAACCUGAAACAGAAGGAGUCGUAAAAGAGAAGCUUACCAGUCUGCACCAGAUGUGGGAAGUGCUCGAAAGCACCACCCAGACCAAAGCUCAGCGGCUUUUUGAUGCCAACAAGGCUGAGCUCUUCACUCAGAGUUGUGCUGACUUGGACAAGUGGCUGAAUGGCUUGGAGUGCCAGAUCCAGUCCGAUGACUAUGGCAAGGAUCUCACCAGCGUCAAUAUCCUGCUGAAGAAACAACAGAUGCUGGAGAACCAAAUGAACGUACGUAAGAAGGAGAUUGAGGAGCUGAAGAGCCAGGCCCAAGCACUGAGCCAGGAGGGCAAGAGCACAGAUGAGGUGGAUGGCCAACGUAUCAUUGUGGAGAAGAAGUUUGUGGAGCUGCUAGAGCCUUUGACUGAGAGGAAGUCUCACCUCCUGGCUUCCAAGGAGAUCCAUCAGUUCAACCGGGAUGUGGAGGAUGAAAUUUUGUGGGUUGGAGAAAGAAUGCCUAUUGCUACUUCUACAGACCAUGGUCACAAUCUUCAGACUGUUCAGCUGUUAAUUAAGAAGAAUCAGACACUUCAGAAGGAAAUCCAGGGACACCAGCCUCGGAUCGACGACAUUUUCGAGAGGAGCCAAAACAUUGUCACGGACAGCAGCCUUAAUGCCGAAGCAAUCCAGCAGCGCCUUGCAGACUUGCAGCAGCUGUGGAACCUCCUGAUAGAGGAGACCGAGAAACGCCACAAGCGCCUUGAGGAGUCCCACAAAGCUCAGCAGUACUACUUCGAUGCCGCAGAGGCCGAAGCGUGGAUGAGCGAACAGGAACUCUACAUGAUGUCCGAAGAGAAGGCCAAGGAUGAACAAAGUGCAGUCUCCAUGCUGAAGAAGCACCAGAUUUUGGAGCAAGCUGUAGAAGAUUAUGCUGAAACGGUGCACCAGCUCUCCAAGACGAGCAGGACUUUGGUUGCAGACAAUCAUCCAGAGAGUGCUCUAAGCGAGCGCAUCAGCAUGCGGCAAUCCAAGGUGGACAAGCUGUAUGCAGGCUUGAAAGACCUCUCUGAGGAACGACGAGGCAAGCUGGAUGAGAGGCACAGGCUCUUCCAGCUGAAUCGUGAAGUUGAUGACUUGGAACAGUGGAUCGCAGAAAGGGAAGUGGUGGCCGGAUCCCAUGAAUUGGGACAAGAUUAUGAACAUGUGACAAUGUUGCAAGAGCGGUUCCGCGAAUUUGCCCGAGACACUGGGAACAUCGGACAGGAACGCGUUGAUGCCGUAAACCACAUGGCUGAUGAGCUGAUCAAUUCUGGACACUCAGACGCUGCCACCAUCGCUGAGUGGAAGGAUGGUCUCAAUGAGGCCUGGGCGGACCUCCUGGAACUCAUUGACACAAGAACACAGAUCCUGGCAGCCUCCUACGAACUGCAUAAAUUCUACCACGAUGCCAAGGAGAUCUUUGGACGGAUACAGGACAAACACAAGAAACUGCCCGAGGAGCUGGGAAGGGAUCAAAACACAGUGGAAACACUGCAGAGGAUGCAUACAACAUUUGAACAUGACAUUCAAGCCUUAGGAACGCAGGUGAGACAGCUGCAGGAAGAUGCUGCCCGCCUUCAGUCUGCCUAUGCUGGAGAUAAGGCAGAUGAUAUCCAGAGGCGUGAAAAUGAGGUUCUGGAUGCAUGGAAGGCCUUGCUUGAUGCCUGUGAAGGGCGCAGGGUCAAGCUCGUAGAUACCGGUGACAAGUUCCGCUUCUUUAGCAUGGUUCGCGAUCUCAUGCUUUGGAUGGAGGAUGUCAUUCGCCAGAUUGAAGCCCAGGAGAAGCCAAGGGAUGUUUCCUCUGUGGAAUUGCUGAUGAACAAUCACCAGGGGAUCAAAGCAGAAAUAGAUGCCCGCAACGACAGCUUCACAACCUGCAUUGAGCUGGGCAAAUCAUUGCUAGCAAGGAAACACUAUGCGUCAGAAGAGAUCAAAGAAAAGCUGCUGCAGUUGACAGAAAAAAGAAAAGAGAUGAUUGACAAAUGGGAAGACAGAUGGGAGUGGCUGAGGCUGAUUUUGGAAGUGCACCAAUUCUCAAGGGAUGCCAGCGUUGCCGAAGCCUGGCUACUGGGGCAGGAGCCGUACUUGUCGAGCCGUGAGAUAGGGCAAAGUGUGGACGAAGUGGAAAAACUGAUCAAGAGGCAUGAAGCGUUUGAGAAAUCCGCAGCAACUUGGGACGAGAGAUUUUCAGCGCUUGAAAGACUUACUACGUUGGAAUUGUUAGAAGUACGUCGGCAGCAAGAAGAGGAAGAGCGGAAGAGACAGCCUCCUUCUCCAGAAACAAGCCCCAAAACUGGAGAGGAGUCUCAACAAUGGGACGGUACAAAAGGAGAGCAGGUUUCCCAGAAUGGUUUGCCACCAGAUCAAGAAUCUCCCCGGAUGGGAGAAGCAAGAGAAGGCGGUGAAAUGGUCAACGGAGCAGCAGACCAGCGGACAAGUUCCAAAGAGACGAGUCCCGUUCCUUCACCGACAGCAGAUCGCAAAGGCAAGGCUGGCCUCCAGGCCCAGACCGCGGCCACCCUCCCGGCCAAAACGCAAGAGACGCCUCCAGCUCAGAUGGAGGGCUUUUUGCACCGUAAGCAUGAGUGGGAGUCACACAACAAGAAGGCCUCAAACAGAUCCUGGCAUAAUGUCUACUGCGUUAUCAACAACCAGGAGAUGGGCUUUUACAAAGAUGCAAAAGCGGCUUCCUCGGGCAUUCCUUACCACAGCGAGAUCCCCGUGAGUCUGAAAGAAGCAGUGUGUGAAGUGGCAGUGGAAUACAAAAAGAAAAAGCAUGUGUUUAAGCUAAGGUUAACUGAUGGCAAUGAGUACCUCUUCCAAGCCAAAGAUGAUGAGGAAAUGAACACGUGGAUCCAGGCCAUCACUUCGGCCAUCUCCUCGGACAAGGCCGAGCUGUCCACAAGCACACAGAGCACCCCGGCCACCAGCCGUGCCCAGACCCUGCCUGCCAGCGUGACAAUAACCAGCGAGUCCAGUCCCGGCAAGCGGGAGAAAGAGAAGGAGAAAGACAAAGAGAAGCGGUUCAGCCUUUUUGGGAAGAAGAAGUGAACUCCUCCCUGCUUCGAUCUGUACACGCUGCACUUCUCCGACCGUUUUCCAGUGGAAUUCCAGCAUGCAAGCUCAGAACCAAUACAUUACUCUCCGUGCCUAAUGUUCCUCAGUGUGAUUUAAGUUCUUCCUCUUUCUUUUUUUUAUUUAUAGAGCCUUUUUAAAAAAAGAAAUACACACAAAAACGAUUCCAAACUUCCAAAUAUCUGAGGUGCAUUGGGCAACUUCGGAGUGAGAGGGAACGCCAGGUUUCUUUUAUUUUCUUAUUCUUUUAUUUUCCUCUUUUUUCUCUCUUGUUUCCUUUUUAAAAAGAUGAAGUUAAUGUAGAUUAGAUCUUACUAUUUAAACCGUUCCUCAAUUUUUUGAGGCUCUCUUGGAAAACAAUCCUUCCUCUGCCCUCCCCCCCAUCCCUCCCCAGUUGGUAUUACUGGUAUGCAAGGCAGCAGCAAUUACAAACUUCACGUGCCCACCAGAGACAGAUUUACGCCCUUUGAGCCCAUUUCCCCAAGUUGGUUGCGCUGAGUCUUGACUACUCGAUUCUCCCCACUGCGAGCCUUUAGCCUGUAACGAAAUGGUAGUGUAUUCUCUUUACUGUAAUAGAGUGCAGCUCGACAUUAACUUACAGACCAAAACCAUUUGUAUCCAGGCACUGGAUUAUUAUGACUAUUAUUAAUAUUACUAUUCUUACUAUUAACAUGACCGUGACACUUCGACCCUCUUCCAGCAUCCGGCAAUGACAGUUAAGAAUGUUGGUUACGGACAAGAAGGACUUUAGCAUACUGAUAACGGUUUUGAAUAAAUCUGUAAUUUUGAUUUUUUUUUUUUGCUGAAAUACAUUAUAUUGUUUCAGAUAAUUCUAGUAAAAAGUAUAAGAAGACUAGAUGUAUAAUAAAAAAAAACCCUUUAAAAUUCAUUGAUUAAGUGUAAAAGUGGAACUGAAGCAUUUACUGGGAAAAAAGUAAUGUUACUCCAAUGGUUAACUUGCUUGUCAGCUGCUGCACUGUGUUAUAAUUUUGCGACAUUACCUUUGCUCUUUGAUACAUAGUGUGCAUUUCUCUGUCACUGUAACUAUUGUAAUGAACAAUUUUCAUCUUACUGCACAAUCAAAAAAAUUACAUUUAAUAGGAAUGACUUCUCAAUGACUGGGCCUGUAGUCAGGGUAGUACUGGAAACUGGCUUUCGGUUGUAUGGAACUGUACCUCUAGACUUUUACCCUAUCUGUUAAAUAUAUGCUAUGUCAUUAAAUGCUUUUAAAACUAA